GUGAAUCCGCCCGUGUCUCGAAAGUAAACAUUCCUUUCUCUCUACCAGAACAUCCGCAUCCUCCCCUGCUCCAUGCUGACCCUGAUGUCCAGUCAAUUCUAAGGAGAUGCCUUGGACGGUGACAAACUCAUUUAAACGGUAUGGUUUCGGGCCUCAACGGUGACCUCUUCGCGGGAACGCGUGCUGACCUACUCUAGCGGCCUCAUGAAAACUUACGGAAGACCCAUACGGCGCGUCUUUGACGAUGACUUGCGCCCGGCCGCAAAAAAGAGACGGGUAACCUCUGGAGACGACUCGGAUGAAGCAGAACACAACCUGCAAUAUGCCAUCCGGGAAUCCUCCGCCGCUAUCAUGUCCAGUCCGUCUCGUCGCAAUUCAGUCAUCUUCUCGGAAGAGACGCCGGACGAUGAUCUGUCAACGCCACCAUCGUCCCCGCCACCCCAACUCACCCCUCCGCCAGUCAACAUACGAAAGCCGACCUUUGCGUUUCUGAAGCGCAAGCGAUCGCAAAUCAAGGAGAGUGGCAACUCGUCUCCGUUGACGGAGGUCAACUCGAAUAGUGUGCGGUCCUCCGUGGAUCCGCCUCGGAAGAAGCCGCGCCAGCAGCCUUCCGUCUUGAAGCAGAUGCAGCUAGAUCUGGGGACGGAGGUUCGUCGGACGUGUUCCUCUUGCGGGAUGGAGUAUAUCCCAUCCAAUGGCGAAGAUGCCGCCUUGCACAAGAAGUACCAUGACAUGAAUGCCACCGGAGUCGACCUGGGUAAAGCAUUUGUCAAGGCCAACGCAUCUCGUUGGGUGUAUGAGGCGGCGCGAUUUGAUGAAGGAUACGUGGUGAUCGUGGACCGGAAGAGUUCACCCGCCGCGAAGAACCAGGCCAAGAAAGUGCUGGAAGUUGUCAGCAAGGAGCUGUCUUCUCCCGAGAUCGAAGAGUCCGUUCUCUGGAGUCAGACGCGACCUCCAAAGGAGCACGAGAAAAAUGGAGCUAAAGAAGAGAUGGACCGAUACCGCGUCUUUCUGCAUAUGAAGGACAGUAGAUGCGUUGGCAUGUGUCUUACAGAACGCAUCUGGGAGUCGCGACCGGUGAAGGGUGUACGCGGGGAUGCUUCAGGCAGUAACCAGACGAAUAGUUCCUCAGUUACUGUUGGAGAGGAGCGUCAUCCAGCCAUUGUGGGCAUCUCGCGCAUCUGGACAUCGGGCUCUUCCCGACGAAAGGGAAUCGCCAUGGAUCUUCUGGAUUGUGUGGUGAGCAACUUCAUUUAUGGGUUGGAUAUACCCAAGGACCAAAUUGCCUUCAGCCAGCCAACAGAGAGCGGAUGCAGACUCGCCGAAGCUUUCUUCGGGCCCGGAGAGCAGUGGUACGUGUACAAUGAAAGCUGAGAAGAACAGCGAGAGAUGUCUCUUCACUGCGAAAACAAAAAACUAAACAGGCCGGUGAUGGCCCGAGACUUUCAUUUAUGGUAUAAACGGAUAGCGAUGGGUGGGCUGAUUGUUUUCUCAAGCGACAAAGGAGGGGGGAAAAAGGGAGUUACCCUCGAAGGAUUACUAUUGUUUUCAGCGGUUUACAUUCAAUCGGGAAGCUUGAUCUAGAUAUUGCCUGUAAUCUCUGCUGCCAUCUUUUUCUUUUUCUUUUCUUCUUUUCUUUAGUGUAUAAGCUAGCUACAUCAUUAACUAUAGUUGACUUUGAAUGAUAGGAGUGACCACGACGCAGGUCGCAAAUUAUGGAG